AUGCCCCGCGUUCUCCGUCUCGCCGCAGCACAACUCGGAGCAAUUCAUAGCACCGACAGUCGCACUCAUGUAGUCGGACGCAUGAUCACUCUUCUAGAGAGUGCAGCAGCCGAAGAAGUACAAGUCGUACUCUUCCCAGAACUUGCGUUUACCACUUUCUUUCCGCGCUUUCUCAUCAACGACGAGCAAGAACUGGAGUCCUGGUUCGAGCACGGGGAUGUGACCACCAACACAGAGACACGCCCGCUAUUUGACAAGGCGAAAGAGCUGCAGAUCGAUAUCUGUGUCGGUUAUGCAGAGGCCACGGACGAAGGGAAGCAUUUCAAUACAUGCGUCUACUUCAGUGGACGUGAAGGCCGAGUAUUGAGCAAAUACCGGAAGGUUCAUCUUCCAGGGACGUUUGAACCGUCGGAUGAUCCUAAUGCAGUUCACCAUCUCGAGAAGAGGUACUUCGAACCCGGCGACUUAGGUUUUCAAGCCUUUCGCGUCCCUGGAUUAGAAGAGGGAGGGUCGUUGGUAGAGCGCGGAGACCCCAUAUUCGGCAUGAUGAUAUGCAACGAUCGGCGCUGGGCAGAGUCCUGGAGAGUGCUGGGUUUACAAGGUGUUGAGAUCGUACUGGUUGGGUUCAACACUCCGGCUUUCGGCCAUCAUACUCCUAAGUCCUUGGAUCCAGAGGAGUCUGAGCGCAUGGCUUUGUUCCACCACAAGUUAGUCAUGCAAGCUCAUUCCUAUACCAAUGCCACGUAUUCGCUAGCAGCCGCAAGAUCGGGGUAUGACGACGGGAAGCACAAGCUCAUCGCAGGGAGUUGCAUAGUCGAUCCGGAGGGGCAGCUUCUGGCGGAGGCUAAGACUCUGGGGGACGAGUUGGUUAUUGCCGAAUGCGACUUGGAGUUGUGUCGACAGGGAAAAGAAAAGAUUUUCGCAUUCGAAAAACACAGAAGAACUGAGCAUUACGGGCGGAUUACAGAGCAGACGGGCGUGGUCGAACCUCCGAAACUUGUGAUGGCGGCAGAUUUAGAAAGCAGCCAGGGAGGGGCUCAAGUACAUAGGAUGCUUGUUGACAGAGACAACUAUGACCUUGACAAGACAAUCUUGAAGGGUCUUUGGCCGUCAGUCUCGCCCUUCGACGUGCCUUGGAGUGUCAACGGCUCAGAUGGUAGCAGUGAAGAACAGCAGUUUGAGUUCGCAACAGCCAAACAUCCUCAGGCUUAG